AUGAGUGAAUCGGACCCAGACAUAUGGCCGAGUAUAUGCCUUUCAGCCGCCCUCGUGCUCAUUGGUGGGGCAUUUGCAGGUCUGACAAUUGCGUUUAUGACUCAGGACGACAUCAAUUUACGAGUUAUUGCCUCCUCCGGUGAUGCCGCCGACCGAAUAAACGCACGAAAAGUUAUCGGUCUUCUCGAUCGAGGAAAACAUUGGAUCCUCGUCACACUUCUACUCGGAAAUUGCAUCGCGAGUGAAGCUCUUCCUGUCAUCCUAGACCCUAUCCUCCACGGUGGACUAUCAGCAGUUCUCGGAAGCACAGUCCUCAUCGUCAUAUUCAGCGAGAUCAUACCACAAUCAAUAUGCGCUCGUCACUCCCUCAAAAUCGGCGCAUAUAUGGUGCCCUGUGCAUCAUUCUUCAUGCACAUAAUGGGACCAGUCUCCUGGCCCAUUGGCAAGUUGCUCGAUAAAAUUGUCGGUGACAGUCAUGCCACGGGAUAUAAGAGAUCAGAACUGAAAACUCUUUUCUCUCUUCACAAAUCAAUGGGAAAACCGGAAGAUCGUCUAAACCCGGACGAAGUCAAGGUUGUUCAUGGUGCACUUGGAUUGGUAGACAAAACAGUCACCAGUAUCAUGACACCUAUAAGAGAUGUGUUUUCAAUCUCCGCGGACAAAGUUCUGAAUGAACGCACAAUCCACCAAAUCAGAGUCAAAGGAUAUUCUCGGAUCCUCGUGCACGCACCGAGAAACCAGAUGGAAAUCCUCGGUGUACUGCUGACGAAGCAGUUGAUAAAAUACAAACCAAGAUCAUGUCGACGAGUCUACGACUUCGACUGGACUCCGAUUCCAGUGAUACACGCCAAGACAACGUGUCUAAACAUGUUAAAGAUUUUCCAAGAAAGAAAGUACCAAAUGGUGCUUGUCGGACAAAAGGAAAAAGGGAUAAUGCUCGGAAUCGUGACUCGAGAAGAUCUGAUCGAGGAGUUAAUCGGAGAAGAGAUUCUGGACGAAUGCGACAAUCAAGAUUUCAACGAGAAGAUAAUUAUCCGACAACGGAAACGUUUAACAACACGACCAACAGUUCGGACGGUGGUCCAAAAACAUCAAAUCGUCGCUGUCUCAGCUCCGGAGGGAGAACUUCUUCCAUUGUGGGUGAAGUCGAAUUUCAGUCCGAACUAUGGUUCUGUGGAUUAUUUCAACACCGCAAGCAAGUGGAAGUAUAUCCAAAAUUAUCUUCCGAAUUCUCGUACGAAAACUUGGCAGGAGAUUGAGCUUGGUACUACAUAUGAGUCUAAACUAGAGGCUCAAGUUUGA